GUGAACUGUAGAGAUUGUCAUACACAGAGAUAAUGCUUAUCUUCUCGCCGUCAUUUGAUUAGGAAUAUUCUAUAAUAUAAUGAUGUGAUAUUUCGGUUAAAUUGAUCUUGCCAUGGAAAUUCCCAGCUACAUAUAUCUCCUCGCUUUCUUAACUCUCUCUGUUCGAGUUUUUAGUUCCCACACCGAAAACUGUCCUCCACAUCUGAGUAAAUCUAACCUGCAUACAUACGGGCAUAUUUGUAUCAAGGUGCAUUAUGGGAACUACGAUUGGAUUAAGGCCAGACAAGGGUGUAAGAACGAAGGCGGUGAUCUAGUUCAGGUCAGGGACUCUGGGAUACAGCAGUUCCUGCGCAACAUCCUAAGAGGUCAAAGGUCGGAGGUAGACGGGUUCUGGAUCGGUGCAUCUGACAAGGACUCGGAGUCACACUGGAAAUGGGUAGCAGGUGAUCCUAAAAUGAGUUACAGUAACUGGAUGACAGGACAGGGUCCCCACAACAACGGAUUUGUCUUCGGUAGUGGGUCAUAUGAGGAUUGUGCUAUGAUGAGAGUGGCGGAUGGUCUUAGAUGGCACGACUUCGACUGCCAUAAUAUAUUCUACCAGUAUUCAUUUAUCUGUCAGUAUGAUAAAAUAACAACAACAACAUCGACAACAACAGCAAUACCAACAACACCGACAACUACAACAACACCGACAACUACUACAACACCGACAACUACAACAACACCAACAACUACAACAACACCGACAACUACCACACCAUACGAAACUGUUGGUCCGAUCAUUGGUUGAAAUAAGCAGGUGGAUAACAAGUUACGGAGAAAUCGUCAUACGUUACAUGUGAUGCUGCAUCAGUCUGCGGGUGAAUAAAGUUACCUACACAAAGAA